CCCAGCUACGGAGACGCCCGAGCUCCUUGCGGCCUUCUGCGGGCGAGGAUGCGGGCGCCGUAUGAUCGAGCUGGAGGCUGAAGCUCUCCCGGAGGGCCACGACGCUCAUCGGAGGCACCAUGGGCCGCCACGCCUCCAUCCAGCUGCUCCUGCUCACGCUCACGGGAUGCUCGUGGAUGCUGCUCUUCCUCUCCGUCACACUGCCGGACUAUCACGCCUUCAGAGCAUAUCACGCCGCCCGGGCUCACGCCGCCCAUGCCGCCCACACGCCCCCGCCCAAGGAGGUGGACCCGUGUGAGCUGUGCUGGGCCGUGGGCAGCGCGGAUCUCCGAGACGCAGCCGACGGGGGCGCUGCAGCUGGAGAUGGCGACGGGUGGGGCUCGCGCCUCGCAAAGGCCAUGGGCGCUUCCGCGGGCGGCGCUGACAGAAGUUCGCCACGCCCUCCUGCGGGCGCCGGCCAGGCGGGGGCCGGCGGUGUGGGUGCCUUCUACUAUUACACCUUGCACACCACCUUCACCUCCCUCAGGGUGACGCUCAAAAAGGCGCAGCAGGUGGCGGGGGACGUGCAAGACGAGGUGGCGACGCUGGGCGAGCGGGUGGCGCACCUCCAGGACACUCUCCUCACGCACUUCUCUCCUCGCCUCAAUCCCUACCUGUACAAACCCGGCCUGGAGCACGCCCAGGCCGGAACGGAUGCCCGGCAGGAGAGGCCAGCGGGCGUGCGGGCGCAGCACAUCAACGUCUCUCAGCAGCAGCAGCAGAAACUCAGCAGCCGGAGGGAAGAGCUCCGGCACGUGUACCCGGCCAUGUCCGCCGAGCCGUCGAGGAGAGCGAGUCAGAGGACGCCCCUGCCCGCCCGGCCUCCUGCAGGGGGCGGGCGCGGGCGGGGCGACGAGGACUUCGUCGACUCCUCGCACGACCAGAGCCAGAGCAUCUACCCGGACCUCCCGAGCCGCCGCCUGCAGACGCCGCCUCGCACGAGCCGCAGGCUGCAUGCCCAGGGCCCGGCGCGCGGCCCGGCGAGCCUCGUCACGCGGGAAUCCCAAAGGACUACCCGCGGGGCCCCGAGGGUCGCUCGGUCGCAGGACGAGCCGCUGGCCGGCCGCGACCAGCAGGCGAGUGUAAAUAUUUCCGCUGACGCUUGGCAGUGGCGGCGCGCGGCCAAGAUGGGACUCGUGGCGAGGGCGGGGGAGAGGGCGGGCGCGCGGGGCGCGUGGACGCCGAGGCAGAGGGAGCGCUCGGCCAGUGAUAAAUCAAGGGAGAAAAAGACUUCGGUAAUCAACGGAGACACAGACAGUGUUGAACCGCCGCCUCGAGGUGGCGUCUGGGCUUCCAAUAUGAGCGCGAGUGAUGUGGUGAAAGUGGUGUCCGUGGUGGUGGCGGGCGACGCGGCGACGGAGGACUUCCUCGCCAGCGUCAGCCGAGCUUAUCCCGGCGUCGCGGUGCACGUGGCCGCCCCGACGCCGCCGCCUCGCCCGCCCGCCCACCGCCUGCGUCUCUUGCUGCAUACCGUCGCCGCCAACGCGUCCUUGGUCGCCGCGCACGUGGCCGCGCUGGAUCAUGUGACCACGCCUUACGUCCUGCUCACCUCCGGCAUGGCCUCGCUCACGCGCCUGGCUCGGCUGGAGCGCCUGGUGUGGGCGGCGGAACACCUUGGGGUGUGGGCGGUCUCGGGCGGCCUCCAAACGCCCACGAACCGCUGGCGGACGGGGUGCCUCACCUCCCGCAACGCCCACUACGAGGCGGAGUGGGAGCGCGGGCGUCUGGGCGCCGCCCAUGGGUGCCUGUUGUGCAGUUCCCUCGAGGGCCCCUUCCUGGCCCUGACGGCGGCGCUGCGCCACCUGGCCUGGGACGCCAAGCUGCCCGCGCAGGUGGCCCAGCUGGACCUGUUCCUGCGGGCGGCCCACUCGCACCACAUGCUGGCGGCGGCGUGCCCCGAGGCGCUCUUCCGCGUCCGCACAGAGCUCCCACCGCCGCCGCGCGCCGCCUGGCUCAGCCUCGCCCGCCGCCACAGCCUCUACGUGGUGCAGGCGCCUGCGGGCGUGCGCUACACCUUCUCGUGCAGCGACGUGGGCGCCAACUGCGGCGAGAAGGGCGUGGCGCUGCCGCCGUGCUGCCGCCAGGAGCUGGCCUCGCUCGUCAGGUUCCUCAUGGACACGUGUGACGCCCACGGCCUGCUGUGCGAGCUGCAGGAAGGAACCCUCUUAGGGCCAGUACGCCAGGAACCGCUACGGCCACCGAGAUGUUCCGACACGCCCAAGCACUGGCUCGAUUACCGGUCGCGGCUCCGGCUGGGACAACUACGAGGCGGGCAAGUUCCUACCGUGCCCUCACCCCGCCCACCACGCCUGCCUUGACCACUACGUCCCCGACGGCAACCUCAGGCUCCACCCCCUGUGCGUGUCCUAG